AUGGCCAGUGAGGGAAACUUUGGUCCCACCGGGACAAAAGAGAUGAAAAGGGAGCUGCCUGCUGCAGAAACACCAUCCAUCUCUGCUCCGGACGAGCUGGGCCAGCUGCCAGACAUGACUUCUCCUGGCCCUCCAGGACAGGGGGAAAGAGAACCCUGUAACACUGCCGGACGAGCAAUAAAGGAGGAGCGGGAUGUCCAACCUGGCAGUGAUGGACACGAGGCCAAACGAGUCCCUCCUGUUUCCACCAAGGGAGCGGGCAAAGCCAAUCAAUUCUCAUCCCUCUCCUUUCCAGAGAAGCUUUGGAAAAUAGUGGAAAGUGACCAGUUUCGGUCCAUUUGGUGGAGUGAGGGUGGAAAAUACGUGGCCAUCAAUGAAGAACUCUUCAAAGAGGAGGUGCUGGGCAGGGAAAGACCUCUGCGGGUUUUUGCCACACAGAAGAUGAAGAGCUUUCUUCGACAGCUGAACUUCUAUGGAUUCACCAAAGUGCGACGGGAUUUCCGAAGAUCUGCUUACCUGCCUGAAUUCCUGGCAGAAGAAGACGCAGCUUCUGCUCACAGCCAGAUACUCUACUACUACAACCCCGCCUUUAACAGAGAGCACCCCCACCUGCUGGAAAAGUGCAAGAGGGGAGUUGGCCUCAAACGGAGAGCCCCGCAUGCACCAGAGGUGGAUGAAGGGCACCCCUCCAGAAGCCCAGAUGGUCAGCCUGCAAGGGACACGCAGGCGUCUCCACCCAUGAUGAUCGCACCCACCAAGCGACGGGCUGAAGCACCUCCCGGCCUCAGCAGCGCCCAUCCAUCUCCACUGGCAGCUGCUCCCAGGCUUCCAGAGCCUGCCAGAGCAGCAGGCAUCGAGAGGUUCACCCCUCUGGCCCUCUUCUUUCUAACACCACCAGGCAGCCAAACCCCACAUGGCCUCCAGCACGCUGCUCCGUGUUUUGUGAUGCCCGUGCUGGCAGCAGCCUCAGCUCUGCCGAAGCCAAGGCCACCCCACGGCCAAAGCCCCAGAGUCCGCCACUGCCCCACCUGCACCUGCAGCCCCAGCCCUGCAGAUGCAGGCAACGCUGCUGGCAAUGCCCGUGCCGGCAGCAGCCCUUGCCGUGGCCACGCCAACGUCACGCCACGGCCAAAGCCCAACAGCCCCACGUUGUCCCACCUGCACCUGCGCCACCAACGCUGCGGCUGCAGGCCAGUUCUGGAAACUGUAGGCAUGUGCAAGCUCCCUUCCCUCCACCUCUCUUGGAUGGCUGAAGAACUGUAUAGCUUCACGCAGGGAGUAGCAGUGUAUUCCUCUGGUGCUCCAGGAUACGCCCUGGUGUCACCUGACCGGCGGGAGGAAGAAGAAGAGGAGGAGGAGGAGGACGGGCCCCAGCCAGCAGUAGGUUCCCGCUCCAGCUCCCGGGCUUGUAAUGGCGGCCCGCCUCAGUGGGCAGGCCCCGCCCACGGCCGGAAGUGGCCCCGCCCGCCCCUUCCGGCCCGGCGCCGCGGCCCCUUUAAGGGCGGAACCGUUGCUACGGGGCGCGGGAGGUGCCGAAACUGA